AUGGGCGGACUUUCAGUCACAGACGGCUUCAGACACCAUGAUCGGACUCCAGAGGAGAAUGCUUGCAUCGACCUCGUGAAGAGGCCUUCUCCUCAUGUCCCGGUGCCCCCGGCGGACGAUGAAUGUAACACGGGCGCUGCUUAUUCCCCGUUCUCUCUGCUGCCGUCCUCUGGCAAUACCUCCGAUACCAUCGCCCAUGCUGCAAAUCUCUGCGGUGUUAAUCCAUCCAGCGUGGCCGACAUCCUACCAUGUACUCCGCUCCAAGAGGGCCUUAUGGCGCUCGGAGUGAAGAAUCCAGACAAUUACGUGGUUCAGUUCUCGUAUCAGAUCGGGCCAGACGUCGACCUCGACCACUUAACGCGGGCUUGGAAAGAGGUUGCUAUGUCAAAUCCGAUUUUACGAACAAGAAUACUCAGCCUGGCGACCGCAACUGAGUCUGGACUCUGGCAGGCAAUUCUUGAUGAGCCGUUGGAAUGCAAUAUCGUGGAUACGCUCGACGAUUGUGCUAGUCGCAACCUCCACAUGGGUCUUUCAGAUCCACUUUCAAGAAUAACUAUCAUUCGAAAGCAGAAUGCCUCAGGACAUCGUCAUGUUCAUUGGCAAAUCCAUCACGCCAUUUUCGAUGGCUGGAGUCUGGAUCUCCUCCUCGACGACGUCGAACGCGCAUACUAUCAACAACCGCGCACGCCACUUCAGCCAAUGCAAUAUUUCAUCAAUCAUUUGCACUCCCAGGACCAAGGGGCCCGAAAGCUGUUUUGGAGAGAGUACUUCAACGACACUCGGGGCGUACAUUUCCCCUCGUCGCCACUAGGACUGCAGGCAUUUCCCGACAGCCAACUGGAAAGUACGUUGACAGCGAUCUCGUGGGAGAAGUGCGACUACACGAAAGCCACCAUCAUCGCAGCGGCCUGGGCCUUGGCAGUGGCGAAUGAAUCGGGCGGGCAUGAAGCUCUUUUCGGGCUCACUGUGAAUGGUCGCCAAGGACAACUUGAAGAACUUGGUCUUGUUGCUGGACCGACUAUUGCCACUGUGCCAAAAAGAAUAGUGAUGGGUUCUAGCUGGUGCUACAAUGAUCUACUUAGCUUCGUCCAGCGUGAUUCCGUUGCCAUGCUUCCUUUCGAGCAGACUGGACUUCAAAAUAUCCGCGCCGUGAGCGAUGAAGCUGCGAUCGGCUGCAGGUUUCAAUCACUUCUCGUGGUGCAACCUCAGCUGUUCAAGGCUGAUUCCACUGCUUCAAGUCGCCUGCUGCAAGAGUUGGACACAGACGAGGAUUCACGGUCGCCAUCCACAUCCGACACAUACGCAGUCGUUGUUCAAUGUUGGCCAGACAAGGAUUCCUUGCGUGUACGAAUCGCAUUCGACUCCAAUCUGGUCCCCGAGAAGCAGAUUGAAUUCGUAGCUGCAAGCUUCAGGCACGCGGUCAUGGAGUUGUCUGAUCACAAUCGCGCUGCAUCGCAAAUUCAAGAUGCUCAAAUGGCAUCCUGGAGCCUUCAUCAGAUUUGGGAGUGGAAUGAUGCUUUGCCCGAGAAAACACCGUUGUGCGUGCACGAUGUGAUUGCGUCGCGAGCCCGGGAACGUCCUUUAGCAUGUGCAAUCAACGCUUGGGAUGGCGAUUUCACUUAUGGAGAGCUGGAGGGUGCGACAACAAAACUCGCUCUUCACCUCCGACCCAAACUGGUCGCCGGCGAGACCAUAGUGCCAAUUCUGUUUGAGCGGUCGAAAUGGCAGACAGUCGCUGCACUCGGCGUUAUCAAAGCAGGCGCGGCAUGCCUUUGUCUGGAUUCGAGACAACCGGUAGCCCGCUUACGCACUAUCAUCGCUCAGGUCGGCACUGAAAUACUUCUUUGUUCGAGCAGCAAUGUCUCUCUCGCGAGCAAAGUUGGUGCUGAACGCCUCGUCGUGGUGGGAUCAGACUCCAUGUGGCUCAGAGAGGAACCCAGCGGCGCAUUGCCCCUGGUCAAACCCUCAGACACGCUCUAUGUGAAUUUCACAUCUGGAAGUACGGGCGUGCCCAAGGGAGCGAUGAACACACAUCAAAGUUUCUGUUCCGCUAUAACUCAUCAACAAAAGUUGCUUCAAUUCUCUGAGGAAUCUCGCGUUCUCGACUUUGCGGCUUGCUCCUUUGACGCAUGGUGGACCAAUUGUCUGCACAGCCUCACAUCUGGCGGCUGCCUCUGCAUACCUUCGCAAGAAGAACGUGACAACGAUCUUGCUGGCUGCUUGGAACGAUACAACAUCAACUCUGUCGAUCUGACUCCUUCCGUUGCGCGAAUCGUCGGCCGAUCUGCGCUCUCCCGUCUUUCCACUCUCAUUCUCGGCGGAGAGCCUGUCAUCCCCGAGGAUGCCCAUCUAGCAGGCCCACAGACCCGAAUCUUCAAUGUUUACGGUCCGGCAGAGUGCACUAUUACCGCAACGAUCGCUGAAAUCCGGCCCGAUGACAUUAGCAUCGGACACGGACGAGGCGUGUGCACUUGGGUUGUUGACCCAGAUUCGCAAACUUUGAGUCGAAUUGGAGCUGUGGGUGAGCUCUGGCUUGAAGGACCGUUGGUCGGCCAGGGGUAUCUUCACGAUCCGGUUCGUACGAAAGAAUGCUUCAUGGAGAAUCCUGCGUGGUUGGAAAAGGGUAUACCUUCUACCGUCACAAGUUCAAGCAGAACUGGCCGCCAAGGACGUGUGUAUCGCACUGGAGAUCUCGUGCGGUACAGAUUGGAUGGAUCACUAGAGUACAUCGGCCGAAAGGACAGGCAAGCCAAGAUUCGUGGGCAAAGGCUGGAACUCAGUGAAGUCGAACACCACGUCAAAGAGGCGCUGUCAUUGUCAGUCUCGGCGAUUGUGACUGCGGAAAUUAUUCAGUCGUCGAAUGGUGGAAGUGCAGUGCUGGUUGCUUUUGUCACGUUGAAGCACGAUGCAGAGAGCGCAAAAGAACAAUCUUUGCACGAUAGCGUGGUUCAGAACGCUGUGCGUGGGCUUUCUGCAAAACUCCUGGAGAAGGUUCCAUCGUAUUUGGUACCGUCUGCAUUCUUUCCAUUGAUGACCAUUCCCAGCAUGGCGUCAGAUAAGAUCGAUCGAAAUGCGCUUCAAGAGCUAGGAAAGACUCUCUGGUCCCAACAUCAAGAGAAUGAAAAUACGAUCGAUACAGAACCUACCACACAGCCUCAGGGUACGACUCAGUCAAUUCUCCAAGAAAUCUGGAUGUCCGUGCUCAACCUAUCGCAGACCGACGUGACAGUGGACAAAGCCUUCACAAGGCUCGGCGGAGACUCCAUCUCCGCCAUGCAAGUCGUCGCACAGGGAAAGCUCCGCAACCUCCUGUUCACCGUCACGGACAUUUUGGAAACUGCAACGAUUCGAAGACUGGCCAGUCGCUGUCGGAUCGCAACGACGCAUGACGUGGGUAAAGCCACCUCGAGCGAGGAGGAGGAGAAAGAGCUCGAACGGGAAGACAAAUUCUUCGGACUCUCUCCCAUUCAGCAAAUUUUCUUCGAUCUAUAUCCCGAUGGCCUUAAUCAUUGGAACCAAAGUUUCCUUCUCGAGCUCAACAAACCCGUGAGCAAAGAGGUGCUCGCCGCUGCUUUGGAAGCUGUUGUGGCGAGACAUGAAAUGCUUCGCUGCUAUUUCGACAGGGAAUCGAAAGUUCAUUGCUGGAAGCAACGUAUCAUGCCGAUGUCUGAAUGCCCGUAUCCUAUCCUGGUCGAGCAUGUGGUUGAAUCACACGAAGCAGUGCAGAAUAUCUGUCAAUCACGGCAAAAGUCCUUCGAUCUUCGCCGCGGUGGAUUGUUCGUUGGGGAUUUAUUCCAUGUCGAAUCAAGCAACACCCAGCUAUUACUUCUCUCGGCGCACCACGCGAUUAUCGACUUGGUUUCGUGGCGCAUUCUCUGGGCGGAUAUAGAAGACUUUGUUGAACAUGGUAGCUUAAGAUCUCACGCUACAGCUUCGUUUCAGCACUGGCUUCAGCGGCAGCAUACUGUGGGGGCGACUCUUUCGCCACUUGCAGUUUUGCCAUAUGCGGUCCCGAAGCCACAAAUGGAUUUUUGGGGUCUGACUGCAAAUGAGAAUACGUUCGAGGGCUGCGAGGCUUUCAGUCUUGUCUUUGAUGCAGAGCUUACGGCUUCUUUGUUUGGAGAGGCGAAUGAGGCUUUGCGAACUGAGCCGAUUGAUAUUAUUAUUACUGCUUUGACACGCUCCUUUUGGCAGACUUUUCCUGAGAGAGAGCCGAUUGUUGUUUGGCUCGAAGGGCAUGGACGAGAGUCAUCUGAUGACUUAUCACUGGACAUCACGAACACUGUGGGGUGGUUCACUACUCUUUGCCCCUGUCCUCUUUCCAUGUCAUCUGAAAGCACCUUGCUCGAGCUGGUUCGCUUGGCAAAGGAUAAUCGGCGACGGGUACCUGGCAAGGGACAGCCGUAUUUUUCUUGUCGUUAUCAAAGCAAGUCUGGGCAGGAAGCCUUUGGAACUCAUGACUUUCCCGAACUGGUCCUCAAUUUCUCUGGGCAGUUUCAACAGUUGGAAGCCGAGACGGGUUUGUUCAAGCGUCCGGAGAGUUUAGACACUGCAGAUCUGGACUUGUGCGAAAUGUCACCCACAGCGCAGCGAAGCAGUGCAAUCGAGAUCAGCGCCGAAAGGUGUGAAGAUGAAUUUCUGGUCACAUUUCACAUCCACAAGGACAUGCGCCAUCAGGAAAGACUCCAGUCUUGGACGAAGUCUUUCGCUCAGGCGCUCAAAACUCUCACGCAGGAACUACAGAAGACGCCUCCGUCUUUUACGUUGACAGAUUUGCCUUUGCUGUCUUUGUCAUAUGAGAGUCUUGACGUGAUGCUCCGGCAACAGCUCCCGCGAGCCGGAAUUCCUGUGAACCAAGUGCUUGAUAUGUACCCUUGCCUGCCUGCUCAAGAGGGCAUGCGUGUCAGCAUCCAGAGUGGGUCCGCAUCGUAUACCACUUCGAACAUCUGGAGUUGUGUACGAAGUCCUGGCGCUACUUCUCCAUUGUCAAGCGCGAAACUUGAACAGGCGUGGGGAACGGUGGUCAAACGACAUAGUAUCCUGCAGACUGUUUUCAUGCCGCACCCGGAAAACGGUGGCUUCAUCCAAAUAUUACUUCGAGACCCAGAAAUCCUUGUCAAACACAUCCGUGCCGCCAGCGACACUCACCAAAGCGCAACAGCAACUUUGGCAACCCUCAACCCGCCACACUUCCUCCCGCAUCAAGUCGAGCAUACUUUCACGAUUUGCGAAGAUCCUUCCAGUGGCGAACUCGCCUGUCGACUCGACGCCAACCAUAGUCUCAUCGACGCCGCAAGCCUGGGUCUGAUCGUCGCCGAACUGGUGAAAACUUACGAUGGUGCAGCCUCGAGUUUCGCGACCGUUACGGCCGCCGCACCUCCAUUUCGCGACAUCGUCCGCCAUGUCGUGAGCAUUCCUCAAGCGCAACGUCUAUCUGCGUGGGAACGACUUCUACAAAAUGUCAAGCCUUGCAUCUUCCCCACUCAACGGAGCGAGGAUCUUCGCGGAGAACUUCUUCGUGAUGAACGCUUCGCUGUUCUCGAAGUCCCACGGAGCGAAAUGCACGGCGUGGCGGAGUUUUGCGCUACACGAGGUCUCACACGUUUCGUCUUCGUGCAGUUGGUCUGGGCGCUCGUCCUCGCACAAUUCACCGGUCAUCGUGAAGUUUGCUUUGGAUAUCUUUCUCACGGACGAGAUAUCCCCGUCGAUGGAAUCGAAAUGAUGGUAGGCCCUUUGGUUAGCUUACUCGUGAGUCGCAUCGAUGUGAGAGCUUCUGCUGAGGAAGUGUUUCGUCGGGUUUCACGGGAUACGAUUGAGCAUCGGAAUAUUCAACAUACGUCGUUGGCCGAGAUUUUGCAUGUUUUGGCGAUUCGUGGACAACAGCAUGGGCUGUUCAAUUCUACGGUUUCGGUACGUGGUGCGGAUCUGGCGAUGAGUUCGGGGAGUUUCUCGCUUCAAGAGAUGGGUGGGGAGGAUCGACAUGAGUUUGAUAUUGGGCUGAGUGUUGCGUUGGAGCGGGAGGCGAUGGCUGUGGUUGUUGAGUAUCGUGAGGCCACGAUUCCGGUUCAGACGGCCCAGGCGGUGGCUCAGAUGUUGAAGCUGGCGGUGCGGUAUUUGCUGAAAACACCUGGGGAAGAAGGUUUCUGCUACGGGCUUGAAAACGAAACGAAUGGCCUCUGGCACGGUUUCUUCCGGUAUGUCGUUGGCUGCGAGGAGCAUCUGGCAGAGUCAAUAUGGCGGGAGCAGCUCGAUGGUCUGCAGGCCACUCACUUCCCUCUAUCAUCGGACGGCGCUGCGGAGACUGCAUCUGUUUGUCGAGUGGAAGCCGACAUUCCGGAGGUCACGAUGCACCAUAUGGAACCUGAAGUUACGCUGAGGACCGCAUGGGCUCUGCUGUCUUCACGCAUGACAGGAUCUGACGAAGCAGUCUUUGGCGUUCUACCCGCGGCUGGAACUGAAAUCGUCGAUCCGUUGCCUAUGCGUCUUGCAAUUGACCCGUCCAGCAGCUUGUCUACACUCACACGUCAAGUCGAAUGUCGGGGUGCAACCAUUCGCAAAUUGCAGCGAACACCCUACGAUUGGCUUAGGCUGAUGAGUGAUGAUGCGGCUUUCGCGUGUGACUUUCACGUCGUACUGGAAGUGGGAAGCGAGAAGUCUUUCCAUGGGCCGCUGACUAUCGCCGCGCCAUUGAGAUGUACACUGGAUGUUCAGCAUCAGAAACUUUACUUGUCAUGCAACAACGGGACAUUGACUACGGCACAGGCCGAGCGGUUAGUGAACCAACUACGCCAUGUCAUCAGCCAAGUGCUAGACCAGGAUUUACAAGACACGAAGCUAGCUGGCUUGAAUUUGACCGAUUUGCAAGAUAUUCAGCAGAUUUGGAAGUGGAAUGCGAACGUUCCCGAGGCCGUGAGCACCUGCGUUCAUUCGCUGGUAACGCUCAAAGUCCACGAACAGCCUUCGUGUCCUGCUGUCUGCGCCUGGGACGGUAGCCUUACAUACAAGGAACUGGAUGAUCUUUCGACACAAGUUGCGAAACAGCUCAUAAGCAGGGGAACAGUUCAUGGUACCGCUGUUUUGCUACUUUUGGAGAAGUCCAUGUGGAUGCCGGUCGCUGCACUCGCCGUGAUGAAAUGUGGCGCCGCUGCAGUGGCGACAGAUCCUUCUACGCAGCCUGAAGAGCGACUCGCGGCCAUGGCGAGACAGGCACAAUGCACGAUCUGCUUAUCUUCCGCCUCAAAUAUCGAAUUGGCGCAGCGAAUCUGUGACACAGCUAUGAUCGUGGGAUCGAAUCUGCUCAUCGAGUCGUCGCAAAUCGCAGACCAGGAACUCUCCAUGGUGAGUCCGUGCGAUUUGCUGUACAUACAAUUCACCUCGGGAACCACAGGCGAUCCCAAGGGUGUCAUGAUCACGCAUCAGAAUAUGUGCUCUGCGCUGGAAUACCAGAGGGUGAGUCUGAACUAUCAGCGAACCUCGAGAGUGUUGGAUUUUGCGUCCUACGCGUUCGAUGUCUUUUGGUCGAAUCUGGUGCAUACUUUGACAAUCGGGGCAUGCUUUUGUAUUCCCUCACCAGAUGAACGGAUGAAUGAUCUCUCUGGGGCACUUUUGAAAUACGACAUUACGCUCGCCGAUCUCACGCCUUCUAUCGCCAGGCAUCUAUCUGGUAUUGAAAGACUUUCCACGCUCAUUCUAGGUGGAGAGGUUGUGCUUCCCAGUGAUUGGCACACGCUAACAGAGCAUGUCGAGGUUCGAAAUGCUUAUGGACCGGCAGAGUGUACUCCGACAGCGACGGUGUUGAAGGUUACGGCAAACACGAAGGGCCGUAGUAUCGGUCGGCCUGUCGGAAUAUGUGCUUGGAUUGUGUCUCAAGAGGAUUCCACGCAGCUCUGUCCUAUAGGCGCCGUCGGAGAGCUCUACUUGGAAGGUCCACUCGUAGGUGAAGGAUAUGUGGGCAAUGCAAGUUUAACGAGCAAGUCAUUUAUACUUGAUCUACAAUGGCUCACCUCUGAAAUUCCCGGCCUCCAAGCAGGUCGCCCUGGAAGGCUGUAUAAAACCGGAGAUCUGGCUCGGUUCGACGAAGAUGGAAGCAUCGUGUUUCUUGGGCGUAAAGACACCAUGGUCAAGAUUCGUGGCCAGCGUGUAGAGCUUGAGGAGGUUGAGCACGGUAUACGGUCUGUGCUGGAGACAAUGAAUGUGGCGACAAAGCGCUUCAAAGGCGCAGAGGUCGUGGCUGAGGUCGUUGACGCUCAACUUGUGGCUUUUGUCUCGUUACAACAACCAACAGGAGAUCACGAAGCGACUAUUCGCCGCCUAUCGCCGAUUGCGACCGAGAAACUGGCAUCCCGACUACCCACUUACAUGCUUCCCUCAGAAUUAGUAUCUUUGCAAGAUAUUCCACGAACAGCGACAGGCAAGAUUGAUCGCCCUGCACUACGCGCCUUUCAUCAACGUUCACAAAGCGAGUUCGAGGACGAAGUCACCAAACAGCUAACUGCACGCCGCGAACCUUGCACCAAGGCUGAAAAGCUGGUGCAAAAAAUUUGGGCCGAGAUUCUGGAGAUCAGUCCAGACGCCAUUGGACUUGACGAUAGCUUUUUCCGGCUUGGUGGGGAUUCGAUUGGGGCGAUGCGGUUCGUUGGGCUUGCUCAACGGCAUGGAAUCUCGCAACUUACUGUGCGAGAUGUUUUUCAGAAUCCGGUGCUUGCGGAUCUCGCUUCGUUGGCUGUGGAGGGCUCGAUGGGUUGUUCUCCUCAGCUGGUGUAG